UUCGGUUCUCCAGAGCGAAUUAUAACAGAUCGUAAUGCUGCUUUUACUUCUAAUGAUUUCAAAACAUACUGUAACGAAGAAAACAUAACACACUAUGUAAUAACUACCGGUCAGCCGAGAGGAAACGGUCAAGUUGAGAGAAUACACCAAAUAAUAAUAAACGUGCUGAGUAAACUCACAUCAGACGAUCCUGCAAAAUGGUACCGACAGAUUGGCAAAGUGCAACGUUGUUUAAAUGGGACUUACCAAAGAAGUAUUGGGAUGACACCCUUUGAACUGCUUACUGGAAUCAAAAUGAGAGACAAAAGUGAUGAUAUUCUAAAGUUGAUAGAAAAGGAGAAUUUAGUAUACUUUCAAGACAAAAGAUCAGAACUUAGAGACAGAGCAAAGCAAAAUAUUCAGAAAAUUCAAGAAGAAAAUCGAAAAGUUUACAAUCGCAAAAGACGAGAAGCUAUACAGUAUGAGAUCGGAGACCUAGUAGCGAUUAAGAGAACACAAUUCGUUCAAGGCUAUAAGCUACAUCCGAAGUAUUUAGGACCAUAUCAAAUUAUACAGAAAAAAAGGAAUGACAGAUACACCGUGAAGAAGAUAGGAGACGGUGAAGGACCUAUUAACACCACUAGCUCCGCUGACAUGAUGAAACCAUGGUCUAAUGGUGAUGACGAACAAGAACCGCAUUCAUCCGGGCCAGAUGAAUAA